AUGAUGUCGUCUACGCUGGGACUCGAUAUGGCCACGCUGCAGGCGGCGAUGGAUGGCGUGGACGAGAGGCUGAGGUGGCAGGCUGCCAGGAUGGCGGCGAUGGAUGGCGUGGACGAGCGGCUGAGGUGGCAGGCUGCCAAGGUGGCAGCGCUGCGCACACGUGGCAGUCUGCUGCUCACCACGCUAUUGGUCGCCAGCACCAGCGUCAACGUCAGCUUCACGCUCUUCGUCUCAGGUGGGUCUCCCAUACCCAUAGAUCUCAGGUGGGCUCAGGCGGGAGCAGGUGGGGCUCAGGUGGGGCUCAGGUGGGGCUCAGGUGGGCUCAGGUGGGGCUCAGGUGGGGCUCAGGUGGGCUCAGGCGUGUUGGGAAUGGUGAUGGGAUUCGUCCUCUGCGUGUUGCUCAUACUGCGCUUCGUGAAAUCCGCUCUUGCGCUGCAUCUCACCUCAUUCCAUCGCUGUCCUACCCACCCUUCCAACCCUCCCAGGCGUGUUGGGCAUGGUGAUGGGAUUCGUCCUCUGCGUGCUACUCAUCCUGCUCUUCGUGGAAAUCACUCUUCUCAUUCAUCCCAACCUGUUUUACCACUCUCCACCACUCCCCAACGCUCUCCACCCCUACAUCCCAUCCCAGGCGUGUUGGGCAUGCUAAUGGGGUUCGUUCUCUGCGUGCUCCUCAUCCUGCUCUUCGUCGAGAUCGCUCCCCCCGCCAUCUGUGCGCGCCACUCCAUGUGCUCUCAUUCAUCUCACCGUAUUCCACCCCUCUCCACCGCUCUCCACCCCACCUUACCAGGCGUGUUGGGCAUGCUAAUGGGCUUCAUCCUCUGCGUGCUACUCAUACUGCUCUUCGUGGAAAUCGCUCCCCCAGCCAUCUGUGCGCGCCACUCCCUGCGCAUCGCCUCCGCCACCGCUUGGCUCGCCCGCCUGCUGCUGCUGCUGCUCUCUCCUGUGGCGUAUCCAGUGAGCCUGCUGCUAGACAGAUACCUCAACAAUCAAGAAGAUGAGGAGGAGAGCAGCUUGCGACGCGGUCUCCUGUGCGGUGCCUCCAGCUGUGCGGACCCCUACUGCAUGAAGCACGGCGGCUCAGCGGGCUCCUCCCCGCGCAUCUACAUCACCAACCCCCUCGCCAACCCGCCCUCCCUCGAAUUCCCCGACACCACCGCCUCUGCCCUCGACACUGGGGGCCCUGUUGCUCCUACUGGCGAGCAGACGGAGGAGAGGGAUGACGAGGAGGAGGAAGAGGAGGAGGAAGAGAGUGCGGCGUUGUAUUCAGAGGACAUGGACUCAAACACCCGCAUGCACAUGGCGGGAUUCGGCGCCAUGCCACCCAGCUCUCCUGCCGCCCAGGUUAGCUCUCCUGCCGCCCAGGUCAGCUCUCCUGCCGCCCAGGUCAGCUCUCCUGCCGCCCAGGUCAGCUCUCCUGCCGCCCAGGUCAGCUCUCCUGCCGCCCAGGUCAGCUCUCCUGCCGCCCAGGUCAGCUCUCCUGCCGCCCAGGUCAGCUCUCCUGCCGCCCAGGUCAGCUCUCCUGCCGCCCAGGUCAGCUCUCCUGCCGCCCAGGUCAGCUCUCCUGCCGCCCAGGUCAGCUCUCCUGCCGCCCAGUACGAUUCGAGUCGCUCCAAGCCCAUCAGCGGCGGCAGCGACUCUCCCGUCACUUCCACUCCUUUCCUCACGUGUUCUCCACCCUUCCCUCCUCACCCUUCCAGGUCUGGCCAGUACGACUCGAGUCGCUCCAAGCCCAUCAGUGGCGGCAGCGACUCUCCCCUGCGGCGCCGGAUCGAGCAGGCAGCUGACCGGGCUGCCGCUGUUGCUGGUGCCGGUCCCUCCGUCCCUGCUGCUGCCAGCAGUGGUGGGGGAGAGAGCGGGAGGAAAACGGAGAGUGGGGCGAUAGGAGAGAGCGGGGAAGAGGUGGUGAUGGCUUUGCCAGUGGGGGAGAGUCAGGAGUACACGAGUGUGGAGGUUGGGGAGGAGGGGGAGGGGUAUAGCACUCGGGAGGAGGAGAGUAGUGGGAAGGUGGGGAGGGGUGGGAGGAGUGGGAGAGGAGGGAGUGGGAGAGGAGGGGAGGAGACGGCAGAAGAGUCGGAUGAAGUGCCGAUGGCACUGCCAACGUCUGAUGAUGUUGAUACGGAGUCAGACGACCAGAGGAGGAACGUUGGACGGACUCCGCCGCAGCUCUCCCCUCCCCCACCAACUCCCGCCACUCCUGCCGCUGAUUCCUCUUCUGGUGCCACUGCUGGUAGUGCUGCUGCCGGUGUAGCGGCAGGGGUAGCAGUGGGAGCAGCGGCUGGAGCAGCAGCGGCAGCAGCAGCAGCAGCGGGAGGAGGAGGGGGAGGUGGGUUGAGAAGCCGACCAAUGAUGCAUGAGACGAUAGUUGAGAUUGGGUCGGAAGGGGAGGGCGAGGAGGAGGAGAGUGAGGAUGAGAGGAGUGAGGAUGAUGAAGUUAUGGAGGCAGAGCCAUAUAGUGGGGAUAGUGGUGCUGUGCAAUCAGGGCAAGCAGGAGCAGCAGGAGCAGGAGGAGCAGGAGUGGCGGCAGGAGCAGCGGCAGCAGGAGGAGCAGCAGUUGGAGGAGCAGCAGCAGGAGCAGCAGUAGGUGGUGCUGCUACCAAUGGAGGACCCAUGGGUCCUUCCCCCCUCCCUCCCCCACCCAUCGACCCCCGCCUCUCCGCCCUUCCCCCUACCGCCCCUCCUCCUCCCGCUGGCCCUUCCGCCUCCCCCUCCUUCCCCCUUCGACCCACACCCGCGCCCGCUCCCCCCGCUGUCUUCCCGGUAUCUUCCCAAGCGCCCUCCUUCCCCCUCCGGCCCACUCCUGCAACAGCAUAUGAUAGUGAAGGGGGUGGUGGCUGUGAGGAGGAGGGUGAUGGUGCUGGUGCUUCUGCCAGUGCUGCUGCUGCAGCAGCAGGGGCAGUCGGGGCAGCAGGGGUGGCAGGAGCGGCAGGGGCGGCAGGAGGAGGAGCAGGUUCGGCAAGUGGUUGGGGUUCGCGCCGGCCGCCGCUAGGGGAGCAAACGAGUGGUCAGAUGCAGCAACAGCAGCAGUGGCAGCAGCAGCAGCAGCAGCAGCUUGGUGUUGCUGCGGCGGGUGCGGGUAGGAGGAGGAAGGAGGUGAGUUUUGAUGAAGGGUUGUCGCCAGGGUCUGCUGUUUCGGCUGCGGUGGCUUCGUCGUCUGCUUCUGGUGUUUAUGGCGGCGCGGGAUGGGCGGAUGGUGAGGGGAAUAGCGGUGUUGUGACUGCUGAGGUUAUUGAGGAGGAGGAUGAAGAAGAUGAGGAGGAGGAGGAGGAGGAGGAGGAGGAGGAGGAGGAGGAGGAGGAGGAGGAGGAGGAGGAGGAGGAGGAGGAGGAGGAGGAGGAGGAGGAGGAGGAGGAGGAGGAGGAGGAAGAGGAGGAGGAGGAGGAAGAGGACGAGGAGGAGGACGAGGAGGAGGAGGAAGAAGAUGAUGAGGAUGAGGAGGGGUAUACAGAGACAGAGGAGGGUACAGAAGAAGGUACGGAGGAGGUAACUGGGACCGAGGAGGUUACAGGGACAGAAGAAGUGACUGGGACAGAAGAAAUGACUGGGACGGAGGAGGUUACAGGGACUGAAGAAACGGCAAACACUUAUGAAAAGGAAGAGGAGGAGGAGGAGGAGGAGGAGGAGGAGGAGGAGGAGGAGGAGGAGGAGGAGGAGGAGGAGGAGGAGGAGGAGGAGGAGGAGGAGGAGGAGGAGGAGGAGGAGGAGGAAGAAGAAGAGGAGGACGAGGAGGAGGAAGAGGAAGAGGAGGAGGAUGAGGGGACAGAAGUCACUGAAGUGACAGAGGAUUAUGAGGAGGAAGGAGAAGGGGAGGAGGAAGAGGAGGAGGAAGAGGAGGAGGAUGAGGAAGAAGAGGAGGGGACAGAAGUCACUGAAGUGACAGAGGAUUAUGAGGAGGAGGAAGGCGAAGAGGAGGAGGAAGAGGAGGAGGAGGAUGAGGGGGAGGAGGAGGGGACUGAGGCAACGGAAAUGACUGAGGAAUAUGAGGAGGAAGAGGAGGAAGAAGAGGAAGAAGAGGGGACUGAAGAGACAGGAGCAAGUGAGGAGUAUGAGGAGGAAGGAGAGGAAGAGGAGGAAGAGGAGGAGGAUGAGACAGUGGAUGGAACAGAGGAGGAAGUGACGCAAGAGACAGAAGAGGAGGAAUAUGAGGAGGAGGAAGAUGAGGAGGAGGAAGAGGAGGAGGAAGAGGAGGAGGAGGAAGAGGAGGACGAGGAGGGGGAAGAGGAGGAGGAGGGGACUGAAGAGAUGACGGAGGAAGGAACGGAGGUGACUGAAGAGGAGGAGACAGAAGAGGAUGUGACAGAAGAAGUGACAGGGGAAGAGGUGACUGAAGGGACAGGAGCAAGUGAGGAAUAUGAGGAGGAGGAGGAAGAGGAAGAUGUGACUGAAGAGGAGGUGACAGGGGAAGAGGUGACUGAAGAGACUGAGGAGACAGAAGAGACUGAGGGAACAGGGGAGGGGGAGGAAGAGGAUGAAGAGGAGGAAGAAGAGGAGGAAGAGGAGGAGGAAGAGGAGGAGGAAGAGGAAGAGGAGGAAGAAGGGACGGAAGGAGAUCAGGGAGGGUCAUUUUAUGGAGAGGAGGAAGGGGGGGAGGGGGAGGUGACGGUUCACACUAUAGGCGAGGAACAAACGAUUGAUGAUGAUGUUACCUCUAUGACUGAAUCCCAGCUCGCCUUAUAUGAUGAAGUGGGGCAGAUGGUAACGGAGACAGAAGGAGAGACGGAGGAGAGUGAGGGGAGCUACGAUGGUGUUCCUGGUGCUGGGGAGGGUGGGGAGGGGUGGGUGGGAGAGGGCGAGGGGGAGACGGAGGGGGAGACGGAGGGGGAGACGGAGGGGGAGACUGAGGGAGAGGAGGAAGAAGAGGAGGAAACAGAGGAGGGAACCGAGGGGGAAGGGGAGGAAGAGGAAGAAACAGAGGAGGGAACAGAAGGGGAAGGGGAGGAAGAGGAAGAAGAGGAAGAAGAGGAGGAGGAAGUGACAGAAGAGACAGAAGAGGAGGAGGAAGUGACAGAAGAGACAGAAGAGGAGGAAGAGGAAGAAACAGAGGAGGGAACAGAAGGGGAAGGGGAGGAAGAGGAAGAAGAGGAAGAAGAGGAGGAGGAAGUGACAGAAGAGACAGAAGAGGAGGAGGAAGUGACAGAAGAGACAGAAGAGGAGGAAGAGGAAGAAACAGAGGAUGGAACAGAGGGGGAAGGGGAGGAAGAGGAGGAAGAGGAAGAAACAGAGGAGGGAACAGAAGGGGAAGGGGAGGAAGAGGAGGAGGAGGAGGAGGAGGAGGAGGAGGAGGAGGAGGAGGAGGAGGAGGAGGAGGAGGAGGAGGAGGAGGAGGAGGAGGAGGAGGAGGAGGAGGAGGAAGAGGAGGAGGAAGAGGAGGAGGAAGAAGAGGAGGAAGAGGAGGAGGAGGAGGAGGAGGAGGAGGAGGAGGAGGAGGAGGAGGAGGAGGAGGAGGAGGAGGAGGAGGAGGAGGAGGAGGAGGAGGAGGAGGAGGAUGGAUCGAUAAGUGUGGUGCCUCUGAAGGAAGAGAGUAGCAGAGAGCAGGACACAGGGGAGCGAGGAGAGCAGGACACAGGGGAGGGAGGAGAGCAGGACACAGGGGAGGGAGGAGAGCAGGACACAGGGGAGGGAGGAGAACUGGGCUCGUCACAAGAAGAGGCAGAGACAGAGGAAGAAACAGAGGGAGAGACAGAGGCAGAGACAGAGGGAGAGGGAAGCAGCACAGAGGGAGAGGAGGGAGGAGGGAGAGAGGCAGGGUAUGCUGCCAUCGCAGCAGCAGCAGCUGUGGUGGCGGCGGCAGGUGGUGGUGCCUCUGCUGCUGCAAUCCGAAUGCAGCAAGCAGGGAGUUUCAACCGCGAGAUGGGUGCUGCUGGUGCUGCUGGUGAUGGCGGGGGUAUGUGGGGUGCUGGUAACGGUGCGGACGGUGCAGGGGGGUUGAAUGCGAUACAGCAGCGGAUUCUGGAGUGGCAGCAAGCUGCAGGUUCCUCCACUCCCCACACUCCUCGCAGUUCAGGGGGCUCGCAGGGGAAUUCCCAAGGCGACUCCCGAGGCAACUCCCAAGGCGACUCCCGAGGCAACUCCCAAGGCGACUCCCGAGGCAACUCGCCAGGGUUGGAAGGGCUGGAUCGGGGUAGCAGCGGGAGGCUGAGUAGGAGUGGCAGCAGUGCGAGCGGGUACACUGAAGGGGAUAACGAGGAAGACAAUGAGGAGGAUAAUGGUGGGGAUGGGGCGGGUGGGGACGGGGAUGGGGCGAGUGUUGCAAGCGGGGCCAGUAUCGGCAGCAGCGGCAGGGGCAGCAGCAAAAGGAGUGGGUUCAGUGGGAGGUAUGAGGGUAGUUAUUUGGAUUUGAGUGAUCAUAGCUCCGGAUACCUGCCCUACCGAUCCUCCCCCUUGCCUCGGGUGAAAGCCGAGCCUCAAAAGUUGGCGCCAGGUCCAGCGCUGUACGGUGGGUUUUCUUGGCUCGACGCAGGGUCGAGGAGCGGAAGAGGUGGGACAGGUUCGGCGGGCGGAGCAGGUCCGGGGGCAGGUUCGGGUGCAGGUGCUGCAGAUUCGGGAAAUGCAGGUUCGGGUGAGAAGCGAGAUGGGAGCGAGGGAGUGGGGGCUGGACACAGGGCAGAAGGGGGAACGGGAGAUGGAAUGAGAGGGGGGGAAGGGCACAGCGGGCAUGGGCGCCCGGACCUUGUUCCGGAGCUGAGCCUCGAGCCGAGGCUAGAGGCUCGGGAGGAGCAAGAUGGGGGUAGAGGGAUUGGAGGAGGAGGGGUGCAAGGGGAGAGCUGGAGAAGCCAUGGGACAGAAUUGACUGGCGAGACAGGUGAGGGGGAAGGGGAGGAGAGCGAGGAGGGGAGUGAGGAGGGGAGUGAGGAGGGGAGUGAGGAGGAGGAAACAGAGGAAGUGACAGAAGAAGUGACAGAGGAAGGGAGUGAGGAGGGGAGUGAGGAGGAGGGAACAGAGGAAGUGACAGAAGAAGUGACGGAGGAAGGGAGUGAGGAAGGGAGUGAGGAGGAGGGAACAGAGGAAGUGACAGAGGAAGGGAGUGAGGAGGUGACUGGGGAGGCAGAAGAGACAGAGGGAGAGACGGAGGGAGAGACAGAGGGAGAAACAGAAGGAGAAACAGAAGAGGAAACCGAGGGAACAGACGGCACUGGGGAAACAGAGGAAACGGGAGUGACUGGCGAGACAGAAGAAACUGGGGAAGAGGAGGAAGAGGAGGAAGAGGAAGAAGAGGAAGAGGAAGAAGAGGAAGAAACAGAGGAGGGAACUGAGGGGGAAGGGGAGGAAGAGGAGGAAGAGGAAGAAGAGGAGGAGGAAGAAGAGGAAGAGGAAGAAGAGGAAGAGGAAGAAGAGGAAGAAACAGAGGAGGGAACUGAGGGGGAAGGGGAGGAAGAGGAGGAAGAGGAAGAGGAGGAUGAUAUUGAUCACACUGGCCCUUCCGCCUUCCCUCCCCGCACCUCCGGUCGCAGCAGCCGGCAGGUUUCCUUUCAGGAGGACGUUCAGCCGGCAGCUAGCCGGCUAGCCGGCAGCUCUGGUGCCACUGGGAGUGGGGCGUAUGGGAGCGGGAGCUUCGGAGGAAGGUUAGGGAGUGGGAACUAUGGGGGUGGUGGUGGGGGUGGGGGGGAUUAUGGGGCAAGGCUGGGGAGGAGUAAUUUUGCGGGGGAGCAAGGGAGUGGGAAUUAUAGGGGCGAGGAGGCGUAUGGGAGUGGGAAUUACGGGAGUGAGGCGUAUGGAAGUGGGAACUAUGCCAAGGGGCAUGCGUUGGGGAGUGGAAACUAUGGGAGUGAUGGGUACGGCAGCAGUGCAUAUGGCGGGAGUGGUAACCACGGUGCGAUGUUACAUGGGGCUGGUGGGAGCGGGCUGGGCGGCAGACUAGGAAGUGGGGGCGACUUGGGCGGCAGAGUGGGGAGUGGGGGGAUGAGUGGAGGGCUGAGUGGAGGGUUAGGGAGUGGGAAUAUGGGGAGUGGGAAUAUGGGGAGUGGGAAUAUGGGGAGUGGGAAUAUGGGGAGUCAGGUCAGUGGGAGUGGGAAUUACGCUGGGAAAUUGGCUCCUGUGCGGUCACCUAGUGACAGUGGGCAGAGUGAGGGGCAAAGUGAGGGACAGAGCGGAGGAGAGGGAGGAGGCGGAGUGGGAGGAGGAGUGGGAGGAGAGAGGGGAGGGAAGGCAGGGGGAGGAGGACCAGUUUGGGAGACAGACGAGGAGCAGAGUCAACCAGCAAUGAGCAUGGAGAGACGGGAGGAGGGGCAAAGUAUGGCAAGGCGGGAAGAGGAUCGCGGCAUUGAGGCUCAAGCACCACCACCGCCAGCACAAGAAGCAGCGAGUGCAGCUGACACGGCGGCAUCGCCUCCCAAGACAGCAAAGAAAGGGGGAUGGCUGGAGAAUCUCUGGGGCAAGUAG